CAUGAGCUCGGGAAAGUCGAGGUAAAGGUGUUUGACCCUGACUCCCUGGACCCUGAUCGCUGUGAGAGCUGCUAUGGUGCCGAAACAGAAGACAUCAAGUGCUGCAACACCUGUGAAGAUGUGCGGGAGGCCUAUCGGCGUCGGGGCUGGGCCUUCAAGAACCCAGACACGAUCGAGCAGUGCCGGCGAGAGGGCUUCAGCCAGAAGAUGCAGGAGCAGAAGAACGAAGGCUGCCAAGUGUAUGGCUUCUUAGAAGUCAACAAGGUGGCCGGAAACUUCCACUUUGCUCCCGGGAAGAGCUUCCAGCAGUCUCAUGUACAUGUCCAUGACUUGCAGAGCUUCGGCCUCGACAACAUCAACAUGACCCACUACAUCCGGCAUCUGUCAUUCGGGGAGGACUACCCGGGCAUUGUGAACCCCCUGGACCGCACCAAUGUCACCGCACCCCAAGCCUCCAUGAUGUUCCAGUACUUCGUGAAGGUGGUACCCACAGUGUACAUGAAGGUGGAUGGGGAGGUGCUGAGGACAAAUCAGUUUUCUGUGACCAGGCACGAGAAGGUCGCCAACGGGCUGAUGGGUGACCAGGGGCUUCCCGGAGUCUUCGUGCUGUAUGAGCUGUCACCCAUGAUGGUAAAGCUGACAGAGAAGCACAGGUCCUUCACGCACUUCCUGACAGGCGUGUGCGCCUUCAUCGGGGGCAUGUUCACAGUGGCUGGACUCAUCGAUUCGCUCAUCUACCACUCGGCUCGAGCCAUCCAGAAGAAAAUUGACCUCGGGAAGACAACAUAGUUGUCUCCUUCCCCCUCUGUUGUUCUGUUCUCCUGUUUCCCUUUGGCCCUGUGGUCAUUCGCAGCCUCUUGCCCACCCCACCCCCACUCGGCGUCGGUCUCAGUGCAGGUUCAUAAAUCUGUUGGUUGUGAUAGUAAAAAAAAAAAAAAAAAAA